UCUCAUCAAUCACCAUGCCUAGUCGCUUUGCAUCACUCAUGAUGCACAGCAUGAUUUUCAGACUCCUCUUUGGACUUGUCCUUGCCCUAUUCCUACAAUCCUUAUCAGUGCUAGCCAAUCCAUUAGAAUUAGGACUACAAUCCUCAUCGUCAGGGCUACCCAAUCCAUCGGGGCUGAGGGUUGGAUUUUACCAGUACACAUGUCCGAAUGCGGAGGCCAUUGUUCGUGAUGAGAUGACCAAGAUCAUCUCUCAAGUCCCAAGUCUCGCUGGCCCGCUGCUUCGGAUGCAUUUCCAUGACUGCUUUGUGAAUGGUUGCGAUGGUUCAAUUUUGCUGAAUAGCGUAUGGGGAUUACCAUCCGAGAAGGAGGCGAUACCGAACCUCAGCCUGCGAGGCUUUGGCACGAUCGACCGCGUCAAGGCGAAGCUGGAGAAGGCCUGCCCUGGAGUGGUGUCCUGUGCUGAUAUCCUGGCUCUGGUAGCAAGGGAUGUCGUUGUACUGACGAAAGGGCCUCAUUGGGAUGUCCCAACUGGGCGUAGAGAUGGGAGGAGAUCAGUGAAGCAAGAUGCCUUGGACAAUCUCCCUCCUCCCUUCUUUAAUGCCGGUCAGAACCUGUACCAGUUCUUCAUCCCCAAGGGCCUUGACGCAAAGGAUCAGGUGGUUCUACUAGGGGGUCACACACUUGGGACCUCCCACUGCUCGCAGUUCGCCGACCGGCUCUACAACUUCAGCGGCACGACGAUGCCGGACCCGUCCCUGGACAAGCGCUACAUCCCGCGGCUGAAGAGCAAGUGCGCCAGCCCCGGCGACACGACGACGCUGGUGGAGAUGGACCCGGGCAGCUUCCGGACGUUCGACGCGAGUUACUACAGGCACGUGGCCAGGGGCAGGUCCCUCUUCACCUCCGACCAGACGCUCAUGAACGACCCCGCCGCCGGGGCCUACGUCCGGCGGCAGGCCGCCGUGGCCGACGCCGGCGCCUACCCGGCCGAGUUCUUCGCCGACUUCGCGGCGUCCAUGGUGAAGAUGGGCGGCGUGGGGGUGCUCACCGGCGCGCAGGGGGAGGUCCGGAGGCACUGCGCGUUCGUGAACUAGGAGAUGCGUGUGUAUAAAGAUGCCGGCGGUAAGGUAAUUUGUGUCGUGGGUGGAUCGUGAGGAGGGUUGCUGAUUAGUGGCUGAUUUUCUUGCAUGUGUAGAAAGAUUGCUGUGUUAAGUUACAGGGUGUGCAUGCGCCAUGUGUUCAUCAGUUCAUUUGUAAUAUUUUCAUGACAUCAAAUAAAACAGCUUUUGGUUUAA